UGCCCCUAAAAGGUCAGCAGUUCUAUCUCCGAGGACGCUGAUAAGGGAAGCGGCACUGGGGUCCAUCUAUGAGGUUCUGAAGCCUUUAAAAAGUGCCGGGACCAUCCAGAGAAAUAGCCACAGCCCACAGAGUCAUUUAUUCCGUCAGCAUGUUGAAAGCAGCACUCUUAACAUUGGGCCUGUUCAUGGCAUUUGUACACUUUGCUCAGUGUACUGAUGGUCAUUCUUCUUUCUACGGGGUAAAACUGUGCGGAAGAGAGUUCAUACGCGCUGUCAUCUUUACAUGCGGUGGUUCUCGCUGGAGAAGAAGCAUAGAAGACUCAGCUCUUAUUGGGGAGGAGAUCCUUGAUCCGUGGAGGACAAAUUCAGUCCCUCAGCCUUCUGAGCAGGAUCCUGCCAGUUCCCAAGCAUGGAAGGAUCAAGUGGUGAACGCUGCUGGUUUCAGCCGCUCGGCUCGCUCGCCACUCUCAGAGGAGGUGCUGGAGGCACUGCGGGGCGCAGACAGGAAAGGACGGGAAGUAGUGGUGGGACUGUCCAACGCUUGCUGCAAAUGGGGCUGCAGCAAGAGUGAGAUCAGCUCUCUGUGCUGAACAUUGCUCACCCGCUCACUGACUGACACGUACGACUUCAUGUUAGAAUCCAUGAUUUUUUUUUUCUCCCAUAUGUUGAUCACAAAAUGUGUUACUGUGACUGUCACAGACUGAAAAUGUGUAGAUUUAGAGUCGGUUCCUUUUGGAAGAACCAAUGUGCUAUGUUUCAUGCAUUAAAGGCAUUCCCACUUGAGCAAAAUGCUGUUUCACAAGCAGUGAUGUUAAGGAUUUCAAAAUAAAGGAAAGAGUAGACAUAAAGCGAACAAGUUACGAAAACACACUACUAAAUUAUGACUCAAUUAUUAUGAAACAUUUUGUCUUGUAACUCACAUCUCAUCCGUCACAUAGCUGGUGACACCACAGCUUGAGUUCUGUUGCCACAUUCAGAGUGUUUAGGGUGUUUUACUUCUCUUUUAAACAGGAGGACAUGCAGAAAUAAAAACCCUUCUUUGAAGACAAUUUUACAGAUUCCAGUUAGUCAUAACCUGUAAACCUGUAUCAAAAGAAAGAGCAUUGUAUAACAAAAAAAAAAAGGAAUCACAUAACUGUACCAUUAAAGUUACACAAGAUGUAUAAGAUGUUGUAAGACUAUAAAAAAUAAAUAACUACAGGUGAUCA